AAAAAAUAUUCCCGAAGCAGCAAUAUCCACAAACACCGCGACGCACCACUAGAAUGCAGCCAUGAUCGCCUCCUCGCUGUCGCGGCUCCCCCUCCGCUGCUUCUCCCUCCACCCCACCGCCACCGCCGGCGCCGCCUACCGCUCCCCUCCGACCACCACGGUCCCCUUCCCAAGAAUCGCUCUUGGCUGCCACCGCCGCCGCCUGGCCGCCUCCGCGACCGAGAGCAGCAGCAGCGAGGAAGAAGCGGCUGGGAGCACCAACGGGUCCCUCCCGGGCCUUCCCCCCGUGGAGGACGACGACGACGAGUUCUGCCCGGUGGACUGCGUGACGGAGUUCAAGACGGACGAGGAGUUCCGGCGGCACCUGGAUCGGUCCAGGGCCACGGGCGCGCUGGUGGUGGUGGACUUCUACCGGCCGUCGUGCGGCAGCUGCAAGUACAUCGAGAAGCGCUUCAUGCGCCUCUGCAAGGGCUCCGGCGACGACGGCGCCCCCGUCGUCUUCCUCAAGCACAACGUGAUCGACGAGUACGACGAGCUGUCGGAGGUGGCGGAACGGCUGCGGAUCAAGGUCGUGCCGCUGUUCCACUUCUACAAGGACGGCGAGCUGGUGGAGUCGUUCGCGACGAGGGACAAGGAGAGGAUCAUCGCCGCCAUCGGGAAGUACACCUCGCCUGAGCCUGAGACGACCGAAGAAGAGCCGCAGGAGUGAAUAUUCCACUGGAACAUCGUUUUUUUUUUGAAGAGAUAUUCCACUGGAACAUCAAUUUGAGGGUGCAGAUACUUAGGGGCAUAAACCAGGAUUCUUUGGUUUUCCUAUGCCUGUCCACGCAUUUGGGAGAUUUCAGCUAUUGGUAUAUGAUGGGUCUGGAUCAAUGUACCAUCAUCUGUAAUACGAGGCAUGUAUAAUAUCUGAAUUAAGCAUUACUGCUGCUACACUACCGUAGUGUAGACAUUCAAUGGAAUCUGACGCACUCUGCAAGACGCGACUUUGGUUUGUUGUCCCACUGUCAGAUUCUCAUCAGUAUGACUCGAACUGAUUCAAAUAUCAAAUGCUCGGCAUUGAAUUGUUCUGCA